AUGGUGCCCGCUCCGACCAAGGCGAGCUCGGGAACGGGCAAGACGAAGCGCUCCGCCACCACGAAGCUCGUCUCCUCCAACACGCGCAACGAUGAAGUGGCCGAACAAGCCGCUCUGCGACUUCGCCAGCUCGCAUCGUCUCUGCCUAGCGAGCUCAUCACAUCGAUCCUCGAGUUCGCCGCCUGCACUGCGACGGAGAACACCGCAAAGCUUCGGCUCCUGUGCUUGUCCAAGUACUACUAUGAACGUCUUUCGCCGUUGCUCUACAGCACGAUAGCUUUAUGCUCCUCGUCCACGAUCCACGCUUUCGCGACGCUCGUCAAGUCGAACACCAAGCUGGCACGUCACGUCCGUAGACUGUGGGUUGGCCCAGAGUCGUCCUCCUCGGACCUGAUCACCGCGCUGUCGCCUCCAUCCUACCACGAGGCUGCGUAUAUCACAGACAUGCGAGAACGCGUGCACACCUCGGUACGCACGAUUCUGCGUUCGUGCAGGAAGCUGCAAGAUGUCGCGCUGGCGGGAGAGCUGCUCAGCUUGCAUGCGGCACAUACGUACGGUUCGGCAUGCCAGCCGGUCAGGUUGACCAGUGUCAACCCGCACAGCUUUGUCGGCGGGUUCUCAGCACCCAUCUUCAGGAAGGUCCGGGUGCUCAGGAUUGUGGAUACGAAUCUGGCGUUCGAGGAGGCAGAUGAGAUCAGGACGUUGGCAGAUCUGGAGUGGUUGAUCUGGUCCGCACCGAAGGACUACGGUGAUAUGAACAGGGACACCAACGUGCUGAGAAGGUUAUUGCAGCGGCCGAGGAGGCAUUUUACGGAUGCGCCACCAGCAGCGCCCACAAUAGGCGAUGACGACGCAGAUCAGAGUGCCGAGACACCUGCACCGACACCGGACACCUCUGGACCGACAACAGGGGCAGUGACGCCGUCGCCGCAUCCACCAGCCCACGUCGAUCGCACCGCCGAGCUCUGGGCGGACCUCUCUGCGCUCGAAUUGUCCGAAGGCCUUGCACCCGCCCGACCGAGCAAGAACGACAAGUUCCGCCGCCUCACCAUUCAAACGGCCUACGCUCGCAGCACCGUCUUCCGCGCGCGACUCGCCGAAUCGUUCCCCCUCUACUCCGGCCCGCUCUCCCCACCCUCCCCAUCAGACACCUCAGGCGGCCUAGCCACAGGGCUGGACGCAACGUUCGAAGACCUCGAACGCGAAUGGGAUCCCUCCCUCAACGUGCCCACCAUCCAUCCGACCGCGCUCGCCGGCAUGGUGCUCGACGAGUGGGACGCCCUUCGAGACCUGAUCAACAACGCCGCGGGGCAGUACAGCAACCUGAGCAUGUGGGACGAGGGCGAGGCGUCGGCCGAGGUGGACGCGGGCAAUGCACUGCGCAGACAGAGGAGGCUGUGGGAGCGCAUGAGCGAGGUGGGGCUGCCCGAGGCGAUCGCUCGAUAG